UGGAAUGAAAUGACAAUAAAAUGGGGCAUCAGCGAGAACUACGGUGUAGGCUAGCAUUGGGGAAAAUGUAUGGCUUUGGAAGGCACAGAACACAGACACACAAACCACAAUAAUCCUCCUCCUCCCUCUCAUUCUCAUUGCAAAAUUCAAUCUUAAACAAAAUGCCAUUUCUUUACUUCCCACCUUCCAUCUUCUUUCUGGCCCCUCCACUUCCCUCUACUGCAAGGCCAGUUCCUCCAUUUCCACACUACUCACAACGUCUUCUUAUAUUACUAACGCAUCAGGAGCUCGGCCAUUAAUUGAUAGAGGGAAGAAUACUAUUUUUAAUCAUGCAUCCGUUCAUUGAUUGGACUAGUUGUUCGUGACUGCAAAUACGCAUACAUUCGCCCAUUAAUUGGACAUCCCUUCUUAAAAAAGGUUGAUCUGGCCUUCAAUUAUAGAUUGACAGCACUUUGGUUAAUCUCUCUCUAGUUAUUGUUAUUGACAAAAUCAGCGGAAAACACAGUAGGAAUGAUUGGAAGGUUGAAUUUGUUGGAGGGCAUGAAUUGAGUGCAAUCAUAGGUUGAUGAGGAUGAGAUUUAUUGGAGACACGAAAAGGAAGAUGAAGAGUUGGAAUGGUCUCAUCAUUCCACUCACUUAAUUACCCACUUGAUUCAAUGUUUUUCUACUGCUAUGGUUGGAUCACGAUCAUGGAUAGGAGGACUCUUUCACCGCACAAAUACUAAACAAAAUGAUAAAUUUGUUGACUAUCCUUUGACUCCUCUUGAGGAGGAAAGACUUCAACGGCUUCAAGAACGGUUGCAAGUUUCUUACGAUGAAACUUGCCCUGAUCAUCAAGAAUCACUGAGAGCUCUGUGGCAAUGUGCCUUUCCUAAUGUUCCUCUGAAAGGCUUGAUAUCUGACCAAUGGAAAGAUAUGGGAUGGCAAGGUGCUAAUCCAUCAACGGACUUUAGGGGAUGUGGCAUGAUUUCCCUUGAAAAUCUGCUGUUUUUCGCAAGGAAAUAUCCGGCAUCUUUUCACAGGUUGUUGUCGAAGAAAGAUGGAGACCGAGCUACAUGGGAAUACCCUUUUGCUGCUGCUGGCAUCAAUAUAUCAUUUAUGUUGAUACAAAUGUUGGAUUUAUACACAGAAGGAAAGCCUCGGUGUCUUCCAGGCAUGAAUUUUGUCAAGUUAUUAGGAGAAGAUGAAGAAGCAUUCGAUAUUCUAUACUGUAUAGCUUUUGAGAUGAUGGAUGCACAAUGGCUCGCUAUGCAUGCUUCCUACAUGAACUUUAACGAGGUUCUACAAACAACACGGAUGCAAUUGGAGAGAGAACUAUCGUUAGAAGACAUCAAUAAAAUUCAAGACUUGCCUGCUUACAAUCUGUUGUACCAAUAGCUUUAAUCUUUCUCUUCUGUUCAUAUACAACAAAUUCCAACCGACACAACUUUGACAAUUCCGCCACAAUGUCUAUCGUCAUUGUACUGCAGGGAUUCACUCCUAUUCUCAACGGGUUUGUACGAGUCGCUUCUGAAGUUGUUUAUAGCUCACAUUUGAUGAAUGAGCAUUGAAAGGGAUUUCAAGAUACAAUGGCGGUUGGAAUUUUGAUAAUCCUAAAGAAGUGAGAACCGGUAUAAGCUGAGAGUCCAAAAGAAAAUUAUAAACAAAAUUGAAGAUAAAAUAUUGGUGAAAUUUGAAGGAGCAAAUGCAGUGCAAAAGUUAAAUCCACUUGUGAACCUCUAUUGCUUCGCGGUGUAUUUUUUAGGAUAUGCUAAUACCAACUCUUUUUGCUGCAUAAUUUUGUCAUAUUUCUGCAUUCUGUCAACAAUUAUGCAAGAUUAGUCGAUUAAGUUUGAUUAUAACAUGUAUUUAAAUGUGUUAUGGUAUAGAAUUAUGUGGAUUAUUACUACGAUGGUUUUGAAUCCUUUCUUAAUAUUGAUUUUUCUGAGGUUGUACUAUGUUAGCUAAAGAUUUAAAGCAUAAGUUUGAGUAUGA